CCACCAGAGCAUGGCGACCACGGCGGCCUCGUCGUUGCUCUCCCCGGCGGCAAAGUUCGCGCUCCUGAGCCGGUACCCAAGCGCCAAAACUGCACCACGUAGCGUCCGGUUCCCCCCGGUGCGAGCCCAGCAGGAGGUGAAAGAGGAGGAGCCCGCGGCGACCGUGCCGCCGCUGCAGGAGGAGCAGGCGACGGCGGCGGCGGCGGCGAAGGGCCCCGCGCAGUCGCUGCCGCGGCAGCCGCUGGCGGAGAGCAAGAACAUGGGGCGGGAGUACGGCAGCCAGUGGCUGAGCUGCACGACGCGGCACGUGCGCAUCUACGCCGCGUACAUCGACCCGGAGACCAACGCCUUCGACCAGACGCAGACGGACAAGCUCACGCUCAUGCUCGACCCCACCGAGGAGUUCGUCUGGACCGACGAGACAUGCCAGAUGGUCUACAACGAGUUCCAGAACCUCGUCGACCACUACGAGGGAGCUCCACUGUCAGAGUACACGCUUCGUCUCAUCGGCUCUGAUCUUGAGCACUACAUCCGCAAGCUGCUCUAUGACGGGGAGAUCAAGUACAACAUGAGGUCCAGAGUGCUCAACUUUAGCAUGGGCAAACCCCGCGUCAAAUUCAACAGCAGCCAGAUCCCAGAUGUAAAAUAGAUAUAUCCUAUACAACUCGGCGAGCUCACGAGUUGUACACACUUGCUCUUCCAUCAGAGAGUAGCAUUUACGAGACCAUUCCAACACAUAUACAAAACAAUGCAUUGUAGACGUUUAACAACCAAGUCUCAUAUAAAUGUGUUCUUUCAACAAUGCUCUGUAUGCCAACAUCUUGGCUACAUAAUCAACAUAAAGACAUUAAGGCACGUUGUCAUCCCGCCUUAUAGUUCUCUUAUAGUUCUGAAUGUUUUGCAUCUUCACCUAGAGAGGGUUAUAGAUUACUCUGCUAUAUUAACAGACGACUUGCUCUUCCCGAGUCCUAGUUCACAUAAUCUAUGAUAAAAAGUUUGGGUUAGUACUAUGGUGUAACACAUAUAUGCCUCAUACUCAUCUCCCUCGACGCAGUAUCUAUCACAUUUCGUGAUAGUUUCUUUGUAAAGGGAUUUGCCAGGUUUUUAGUUGUUUUAACAUAUGUAACAACAGAGUUGCUCAAUUUUCUUACAGACUUCAAACGUC